AUGAAAUCACUAUCGUUAGAUUGUCAAGAAAUGCCACCAAGGAUUAAUGCAGCAAAUCGAAGUCCAAUGAGGUCCAAAAUGAUGAGCGGACACAUUCGUGGUAAAAAUGGUUCGUCAGAUUUGUCAGAUUGGGAUAGGAGCUGUUCACCAUGUCAUACUAGCAGACGUAGCAGUGCUGCUGCAUUGCUAGCCGGUGGCUACGUAGUCAUUCACGAAUAUGCACCGACCAAUGGCGCGCCACCAUUGAUUCUCGGCGAAAGGGUGCAUGUCGUCGAUAACGGCGAUCCUGAUUGGUUGCAUGGAUUCCGAGAGCAUGAUAGGACUGAGCAAUUGAUAAGUUUCCCGGCGACAUGUGUUGCGCUAGUACAACCUGGAGAACAGGCAAUGAAAAUUCUACAGAAUGUUGCUGUGCCAGAAAUCAAACUGCGGCUUUAUCGAGAUCAGGUAAGCAAGACUGUCUUUCCAUUAAAAAAAUUUGCUUGUGAAAAAAACCGAGAAAUAUAGAC